AUGAGACAAUCCCAGCUACCUUCCACCUUCUGUCUUCCAUGGCAUAGCUUUCUCUGCAAUCCCAAUUCUCUCCCCAUUCCUUCAGCCCCUUCCACUGCCUACACCCAUCUCCUGCCACCUUUCUCUCACCUGGCCCAGCGUGGGGGAGGGGAUGCUUUCAUGAGGUUCUUAUCGGAAUUCACUUCCUGUUGCGGCUGCGCUCCCCCGCGCUCGCCGGUUCCCAAACGGACGUCGUUCGUGCCUCGCCCGACCAAGACGCCCAGGCCUCCACCUUCUUGUCGGCCCCGCCGUGUUCUGAAGAGAAGGAGGCUGCCUGCUCCGGCUCAGUGGAAGCCCACCUUGGUACCCAUUUCAGAAGACGACGACGAGGUCGCGACGCGGAGAUGCGAUUCCACCCGAUUGGGAAAACAAGGGAAGAGGAGGACCAACGCCUCCGAGGCGCUUCAUUACGAUUACGAAUCCAGGAGAGCCGGUGCAUCCAAGGUUAUAACGGCCUUUUAUCCUAUGCCAUACAUGUUCUGAUCAUCUCAUCUUGUGAGAGGAAAUGAAGUUUCUUUAAUUUUUUUCCACAACAUUUUGAAAGCUAAAUUGUAAAUAUAUUUGGUGUUUAUUUGUAGAUCCGAUUGUAAAGUCUCCCAAUGUGCAUGGUAAUGGUGGUAUUGUUGCUUUUCUAAUCUCUUCCAUCUUGUAUUGUUUCAUCUUUCUGAUAUUAUGUAUCGUCAUAAAAUGUAAUGGAAGGCUUAAUUAAGGCAUGUAACAAAUUGCA